CUCACCAAGUCUCAUCGUCAAGGUCAUAUGGUGAAAGUGGACUGGCUGGACAGACUGACCUUCAGAGAAAUUGAAAUGAUCAAUGAGAGGGAAAAACGAAGUUCUAACUUUAUGUACCUGAUGAUUGAAUUCCGUUGCGUAAAGUGUGAUGAUAAAGAAUAUGGAAUAGUUUACUACGAAAAGGAUGGUGACGAGUCAUCUCCAAUUUUAACAAGUUCUGAAAUUGUUAAAAUUCCAGAUCCCCAGAUGUCUAUGGAGAACUUAGUAGAAAGCAAACAUCACAAACUUGCUCGAAGUUUAAGAAGUGGACCUUCUGAUCAUGAUCUGAAGCCUAAUGCAGCUACGCGAGAUCAGCUUAAUAUCAUAGUGAGUUAUCCACCGACAAAGCAGCUAACAUAUGAGGAACAGGAUCUAGUUUGGAAGUUCAGAUAUUACCUCACUAAUCAGGAGAAGGCCUUGACAAAAUUCUUGAAAUGUGUCAACUGGGACCUACCACAAGAGGCAAAGCAAGCACUGGAGCUACUGGGCAAGUGGAAGCCCAUGGAUGUGGAAGACUCUCUAGAACUUCUGUCAUCUCACUUUACCAACCCAACAGUUCGGCGUUAUGCUGUUGCCAGGCUUCAGCAGGCUGAUGAUGAGGAUUUGCUGAUGUACCUCCUACAGUUAGUCCAGGCAUUGAAAUACGAAAACUUCGAUGACAUAAAGAAUGGACUGGAACCUAGCAAGAGGGACAGUCAAGGUUCAAUGUCAGAAAGCAUGGCAACAUCUGGAACUAAUGGUGCAGAAAUAGACAGUUCCCAGAUCAUGAGUCCUAUUCCACCUGUUUCCUCACCACCUCUUACUUCUAAGACAAAAGAACUUACAGACAAUGAAAACCUUGAUCAAGAUCUUUGCACGUUCUUGAUAUCACGAGCAUGCAAAAAUUCCACGUUGGCGAACUACUUAUACUGGUAU